AUGCCUACGGUCGAUAGAAAUGUGGCAGAUCUCCUCGAUGAGCUCAAGGUGCUGGUGAAGUUCCGUCAGGAGCGACAACUGUCCACGCUUGACAGUGUACUGGCAAAGAAACUGUAUAGGUUCGACAAGGGCUGUGCGCGGUCAUUCACUGGCGAAGACGUGUUGUGUCUAUUCCACGAAGGUUUCACGGAAUCUGCGUUGUGGGGCCAGGUGGAUGACCUACUCGUCGGCAACUUGUCGACCAUCCUGGCGACUUGCUCUGCUUCACGAGGGAAAAUGCAAGGCGAGAUAUCAGCGAGCGGAGCAAGCUGGCGCUACGAUAUGGAUAGAUUCUUCUUUGAUUUUCUCGGCACUGUCAUCAGUCCCGUCCUACAAUCUGAAAUGGAUGGGCAGGAUAACACCAAGGGGCAACGGAAAGUACAUGCGGUCUUGGAGUGCAUGAUUGCGCUCCCUCGAAGUGUCUAUGGUGAUUAUGAUUUGGAUGACCUUGGUCCUAUCAAACGAGAUGCAGCACAUUAUGUAUACACUAUUGAUAAGCUUCAUGCCUAUUGGAAGAACUCUGGUUUGCAAUGGGUCGAGGGGAUGGCCUGGGUAGAGGGGGACAUCCAUCACGGGCUGGGCACUCUUUGGAGACAAUGGCGAGAUGCCCUGAUGCCUGACAGCAUCAUGAAAAGAAUGGCCAUCAGUUCCACCCAGGCGAGGUGCCAGCAUAACGAGCCUGAAACGACCUACCUCGAUCUUCCACUCAUUCUUGUCGAGUAUAAAGGGCCCGCUACGAACCACGUCCAGAGUCAAAAUCAGCGGCGCCUGCACUGCACCUCCGCGGCACGAUUCAUGGAAGCAAUAGGCAUCACUGAGUUCCCGAUUUUCAGCGUUGUCUCGGAUGGCCCCUUGGCUGUACUUGCGACUACCUGGGUCAAGGACGGGAUUGUACAAAUAUUCGAACGGCACAUGGUGUCGUUCGACGUCUCGAACGCGCUGGCGCGCAUCGUCGUGUUUUGGGGCACCGCGCUGGAAAAUCGGUUUGAGCAAGUGAAGGAUAGAUUUGUGGAGGGUGUGAAGAAAGACGACCCGAGGUUGCGCUGGACGCAGGCGCAUCAGGCACCCCAGCACGCCCCAAAGGAUGCCCUGGUUGAGACCGCGUCUGACAAUGAAUCUUGGAUGGGUGUAGUCUGUUGA